AUGUUAACCUCACCGCGACGAUGGAUCUUCAUCGCUACGCCAUUCAUUACCUUGUUCCUCGUCUACCACUUCUUCCUCACUCCGAAUACCACCCCGGUCGGCAUCACUACCCAAGACGAAUGGACGCUGUCUGAACAAGACCCGAUCAUGAUGGAGGGGACUCGGCAGCAACUCGCCAACGGAAAUAAGAAUUCGAAGCCCAAUCCCUCGGCGAUUACGACCGAAGAAGAUCGAUGUGGACAUAUUCGGCGGGAUAUGGACGACGUCAUGGUUAUUUUGAAGACUGGUGCUACGGAAGCCCGCGAGAAAGUACCGGUGCAAUUGCGUACCACCCUUCAAUGUGUCCCGCACUACGCCAUCUUCUCUGAUUAUGAAGAGACCAUCAACGGCAUACGCACCUAUGACGUCUUGCAGAAUGUCACUGAAGCCACCAUAUCAACGAAGCCCGAGUUCGAGUACUAUCAGCAUUUACAAGAAGUUGGCCGCGAGGGACUGACCGAUGCGGAUGUGGGAGAUGACACCAACGGACCGUUCGGAAAGACCAACAACCCUGGGUGGAAAUUAGAUAAGUGGAAGUUUCUUCCCAUGAUUGAUGGGGCGCUGGAGGUGCGACCGGACGCCAAAUGGUACAUCUUCAUCGAGGCCGAUACCUACAUGGUGUGGCCGAACUUGGUAAAUUGGCUGGCCCAUCUCGAUCACACUCGAAGCUACUACAUAGGCAGUCCUAUGCAGAUUGGCGAUGUCCUUUUCGCCUAUGGUGGAGCUGGUAUCAUCAUGUCCAGCCAGGCAAUGCAUCGUCUUCAUAGUCAUCGGGCGAAACACCUGGAGGACCUGGAGGAGAUGACGGCCCAAGAAUGGGCAGGAGACUGUGCCCUGUCCAAGGCCCUCGAGGAAAUUCACAUCCCACUGACUUGGGCUUGGCCCAUGAUGAUGAUCUCUCGACCUACGGAGAUUGACCAUUUUUCUGAAGCUUAUGGCCGCCAGCCUUGGUGCUAUCCUGCUGUCUCGUAUCACCACAUGACCCCACGUGAUAUUGAAGAGAUGUGGCAGUUUGACCGAGGAUGGUUCAAGAGCGGCAAGAAUGCUCUCCUACUCCACGCAGAUGUUUACCGUGAAAUGAUUCAUAAUGGAUCGCUAGCCAAACGUGAGGAUUGGGAUAACCUGUCACCGGCCAUAAUUGACUUUGACCCGCCUACCACCCCAUCUGCCGAUGCCUGCUCAGACGCCUGCUCGCAAAACUCCGAAUGUUUGCAGUUCUCGUACAAUCAUGGGGAAAAGACCUGCAAACAUGCAUCCACCACCUUUGGCGGUGUUGCCACGAACGGCACUUAUUCAGGCUGGAUGACCCACCGCGUCCAGCGACUGUUGAAGAACUUCCAAUCAUCAUGCCCGGAAGUGCAGUAUAUUUUUAACUGA